AAAUGAGGCGGGCCAAUGAGGGACACCGGCUCCUCCGAGACCUCUUAGUCAUCUUGAUAUCGCUCCGCAUGGUCCGACGGGAUCAAAUCGGUAGAUUGCUGGUGCGGAGGUGCAACUGUUUACCAACGUGCUUUUAUUAUAGCUCGACGAAUAAACUGUGGUUAGUCCUCAUCUCGAGCUGUGUUUGCAAAUAUCGUGGCACGCCGGGUCUCCGUGUCUUAAUGAUGAGGAGUGGGGGAUUGGAGUAGACAUUUCGCUUUACGUCUUCCACGGUUGUGCUGCUCUGGUAAGUCUUUUCGCCCAUGUAAUUUGCGUUAUAUGUCUGAUAACUCCCACAGCUGACAGUGUUUAACUUGGAUUGAAUCUUCCAUUGCAUCAUACCCAGCUACAUUCUUUUUCUCUCAGAUUUGUUAUCAGAUUUGUUUAAUUGAUUCUGAAACUAUUAUAGGUGUGGCUUUGUUAAUUGUUCUGUAUGUGUGAAACAGCCCUGCAGUUUCAAAGUUUGGCUUUAUGUCAUGAUUUGUUUUCUAACCUGCUCUCAGCUCAAGGAUGGUUGGAAGUCCUGAUCACAAACUGGAUGAUGAAGGCCUUAGGGACCCUGUGGUUCGUUUCCAGAGCUACCUGCACGGAGGGACCUCGAGUUUGUUAUCAGCCCUCCCCACCUUCAUUGUCUUUCCUGUCUACAAAACAGUUUUCCGACAACAGCUCCACAACACCCCUGUCCAUACGGCAGUGGCACAGCUCUACAAAGAAGGUCCAUUAAAGCUCUACAGGGGUGUGGUCCCUCCAUUACUGAUGAGGACGCUGAAUGGUACUCUGCUUUUUGGUCUCCAAGACACGCUCCUCCACCAGCUUACCGUCUCAUCCCAUUAUCCCAUGCCCACCUCUGCCAUGCCUGCUCUGGCUGGCUUUGGAGCAGGUAUUGUGGAAGCCAUGGUUCUCACCCCCCUCGAGCGUGUCCAGAAUGUGUUACAAAACGGCCAAAACGACCACCGGCUUCCCACACUGAAGAGUGUUCUCAUGAGGCUGAAGUCACAGAGAUUGGCUUUAGGCUACUACAGAGCCUUCCUCCCCAUCACAGCCAGAAAUGCUCUGGGCAGCUCCUUGUAUUUCGGCUUGAAGGAUCCUGUGUGUACUGUUGUAGCAGGACAAGGGCUCUCACCAAUGAUCUCAUCCUUUAUCUCAGGGACACUGACCUCCAUGGCAAUCAGCCUGACUCUUUACCCGCUGUCUGUGCUUGUGGCAAACAUGCAGGCACAGGUGGGAGCGGAGGGGAAAGGGGUCAUAGCAUGUUGGAGGAUGCUGUGGACAUCCCGGCAGAGGAGUGUGGCUCUGCUGUACCGAGGAGGGUCUCUAGUUAUUCUGAGAUCAUGCAUUACAUGGGGGAUCACUACAGCUAUUUAUGACAGGCAGCAGAAAAACUCAGGCUGACCAGAAGCUGUGAUAAGUAUUUGAUAUUAUUGUUUUAUGAUUUACCUCUCAGAAAAUGGUGCAAUAUUUUUACUUAUUUACAAUUACUUGACAUGCAGAUAAUGGUAACUUCUUCUCUUUGCUAUUUUUAUUGACCAGUGAUAAGAAUCAUCAUGUUACUUGAAAGUGGGGCUGGGCGAUAAAACGAUAACGAUUUAUAUAAAAAAUUAAUUUCCCUCGAUAUCGAUAUAAAACAUGGUCAAUACGCGUUCCGAUAGUCAGCAUUCUGCCAUGUUUUGGUAGACUAUAGGAGUAGCCAAUGCUGCAGCUACACGCAACCAUAGCCCUUAGGACAUGAAGCAGAGUAAUGUACACUGCAAUAUGUACUUAUGUCGAGUACAUGUUCUCGCAAAAUCGGGGAAUACCUCAAAUCUUUGUCACCACCUGAAUCAGUGCCACACAGCACAGCACACGCAAUGCAAAAGGUUCCAAACCCCAAGCGGAGCAAGGAGCCCAUGGCGCCUGUGCAGCGGAAACAGCCGACCCUUCAGUCCGCUAUCUCUAGCACAACGCCUUACGACAAAACGUCAAAGAGACACAAAGACCUCACAGAAGCAGUAGGUUUUUGUAUUGCAAAAGACAUGCUACCAAUAAGCACUGUUAAAUUUCAUUUUUUACAUCCUGAUAUAUAUCGAUAUCGACUGAUAUGAAUAAAAUAUAUUGUGAUAAACUUUUUGCCAUAUGGCAUCGCCCAGCCCUACUGGUAAGCAAAGAGAGAUGUGUUGCUCUUCCACUUUUCAUUCAUCACCUUAUAUAAGGGGACCAACCCCUGUUGUUCAGGUGCCAAAACUAAGGGUCGAUUUUUUUACAACAGCUUUUCCUUAAAGGGCAAGCACAGGUUCCAUUCAUGACAUUACCAAAGGCCUGGUUCUGUUCAAGUAUCUUGACAUAGACAGCGAGCUAGUUUCAAUAAAAUACUCCUCAAAUGGUAGCGGACAAACUUAGUGUAGCCAUAUCAUCUGAUUGUUUACACCUGCUCUUUUCUUACGUUUACAUGUUAAAAUGUCCUCUGUGUUAUUACAGUCACAUGAACAAGAUGCACUGCCUGAUUCAAAUCAACCAACACUGCCAGUAUUGCAAGUUUCUACACACAAGGAAGGAAAAACAACACCACUGCCAGGGCUUGAAAUUAUGACAGUAUGACCAAAGUUGUUUGUGCAGCAUGUAAUUGUGAAGCAAGUUAAUUACAAGUGCCUGUAAUUUCACUAAUAAUAACUCAUCCUGGGAAUCACAGCUCAUUCUGAGGUCACUGUUGUUUAAUGUCCGAUAAGGUUUGGAGCAGGCUUUGUUUAUGAUAGUUUUAGGGUUAUUUUUUCCUAUAUGAACACAGUAUGCAGUAGGAAAGACAGAAAACACACAUCAAAAACACUUAUAAUGGUCUUACUAGAGACGGUUCCACUACAAUUUUCUCUGAAAUCAGCAUUAAUCCUGUGUGACGAAUAGGGCUCAGAUUUUCGGAAUGAUGGUUAUUUACGAUCGUUGAUUCAAAGGGCUGGUCCUGUCACCCUCUCUUUCCUUAUUAUGGCAUCUCUACACAGUUUCUUCCACUUUUGAGGACCUGGAGCUACUCUCAAAAGUAAAGAGUGUAGAAAUGGGAAUAUUAGUUGAUAUCUAGCAGUCAGAUUUCAGAAUGAAUUGCUCCCCAUCUCACCCUGCCCAUACAUGGUACAUGUCUCAAGAAACUCCUUAUACAUUAUAAAUUGUAGUCUCCAUUUGUCAAAUAUUUACUGUAAAAAACAACAACUGCUCUCUUCUUUUUUUUCCAGCCAGUGCAUGCCACUGCCAUUCAUAAUUUAAAACGGGUAUAUUACAUGUUGUCUGCAAAACCUUUUUGUACUCAGGUGAUAAUACACUAUUUUAAACAUGUUUAUGAAUUAAAUGAAUCUUAUGAAUCUUAAAAGUCGGUAAUGAAGGGUGGUGUGUGUUCAUAAUGUAGUGUCAUAAUAGUGGGAUAAUUUUCCAAUCUUGAAGAACUGUACCAGUAAUUAGAUAAAUGUCACAUUGAAAAUCGAAUCAUAGAAACAAGUAAGACAAGGCACAGUGGUUAGCAGUUUCCCAUACCAAGACAGUCUUAGGUAUAAAUCUGUCUGACAGCUAUAGGGAGUCUCUGUGUGGGAAUUGCAUGCUCUCUCAAUGUCUUCAUGGGUGUGCAGAAACAUGCAGGCAUGGGUGGAAAAAGGAGUUAAAAUGCUCUUUUUAAGAAAGUUACAAUUAUGUUAAUGAUAUAUUACUCAAGUAGACGUACACUAGUGGUCUGUUAAUCUACUCAAUAAAAUGUACUUAUUUGAAAUGUAAGGAGUACAACCUUCAACCCUUUGUGUAGGGUGUGGGUGGAGUAUAACAGACCCAAAAAUUAUGCAAAAGCAUAUUGUUGCAAUAUAACCAACAGCAUGUGCAAAAAUGAUUAUGACUGCAUUUAUGCGGGGUGAAGUUAUUGGAUAUGUUUGUCACAUCUUUUGUCAACAUUGCACUUUGUAUGUGUGCAGGUUGGCUGCCUGCCAGCAAAAAAUGUGAGUAUAAUUGACUGUAGUCAGUCAAGAUUGGUGCAAAUGUAGCAAGCAAUUCUUUUCCUGAUAAGUUUAAUGUAACAGUAACACCAAGCUAAGGAAAUUAUCAAGAGAAAAUUUGGCACAAAAGUUCUUGAAAUAUGAUUUACACCUGGCCUUUUAUGUCAAUGUAUCUUAAAGCAAGUACAGUCAGAUAUUUUGACUACAUUUGAGACACAUUUACUUGAUUUUUAAUGUGUAUUUUUCAGCCAGCUGGCUGUUAUGCAGUUUUCUGGGAAGUUUAUAUAUUUUUAAAGAUUAUUUUAAAGUUGAAGGUGUAAUUUAAGUAAUAAUUUAAACAAUAUCACCAAAGUACAUACAAAUGGCUACUCUAUUAUAGUAAUGUGAAUGAAUGUAGUUGUCAUUAGCGGUGCCUACUGAACAAAACUGUAUAACUUUGUCAGAAUACUGUACUCCUCCAGUCUGUAACCUCAAUAAAAUUUUAUGACUGUUCAAGUGCUUAAAAUAUAGUUUUUCUUUUUAUCGUAUUAUAAUAAUAAAACUUUCUUUGAAUCAAAAA